AUGGGUGAUCUUAACGCCAAGGUGGGCUCAGACAACUUGAAUUUUGAAAGAGUCAUGGGAAGAAGAGGAUGUGGAGUGCAGAAUGACAAUGGAGAGAGGCUGGUAGAAUGGUGUGCAUUUAAUAACAUGAUCAUCGGUGGAGCCCUAUUCCCGCAUCGCAACAUUCACAAACUCACCUGGGCAUCCCCUAAUGGGCGGGAUCAAAACCAAAUAGACCACCUAAUGGUUAACAGCAUGUGGCGCCGCUCCCUGCUUGACGUAAGAGUAAGAAGAGGGGCUGAUGCAAGCAGCGAUCACCAUCUUGUGACUGCAAAGGUGAGAUUGAAACUGAGAGCAGCUGGACCAAACAAACAACGCACUCCUAGAUAUGACUUCAGCAGAUUACAAGACCAAAGGACUAAGAAUGCUUUUGUCCUACAGCUGAGGAACAGGUUCCAAGCCUUGAGUAACAUAGACGAGCAAAGCAUUGAUGAAGAGGAAGACACUGUAAAUCAACAGUGGAAGCAAGUGAAGAACAUAUUUGAUGAAGCGAGUAAAACCUGUCUGGGGAUGCAAAAGACGAGAAAGAAGAAAGAAUGGAUUACACCAGACACGUGGCAGGCUAUCGAGGAGAGACGCCAGCUGAAGAAGAAGAUAAAUGACAGCAAAUCAGCCAGACUUCGAGAGAAGUAUAGAGCGGCUUACACAGAAACCAACAGGCGUGUCAAAAGAAAGAUCAGAACAGAUAAGAGAGCGUAUAUGGAAGGGAUCGCCAGAUGUGGAGGGAACACGUUGCUGCCCUACAUGCCUACCUCUGAUGGUGACGUGUAUACGCAUGAUGCACUAACCGAGCCUUUUCUGUCCGCUGCCGAGCCUGCUUUGUCCGCAGACCAGUUGGUUAAGAAAUUCCCUCCUGUGGGUUCUGGCACGUUGUUCUUGACGAGCAGUCAUCGUUCCUAA